AUGGGUGGAGCCUUGGCUCUGGCUUCUGCCGCCCUCAUCCCUGAAGAGAUUUCAGCUGCUGCUCCAUUCUAUGGCAUCCCCAGUGCAGAGCUGUGUGAUGUGGGAAAGAUCAAAAUACCUUUACAAGGUCAUUUUGGGAGUAAGGAUACCCUUGCUGGGUUCUCCUCACCUAAAGAUGUUGAAUCUUUAAAGCAGAAGCUUGAUGCUGGUGGAGUGAAUUAUGAAGUGUUCAUGUAUGAUACGGGCCACGCUUUUACCAACCCCACCAAUCCAAAUUACACCAAGGAAAUCUGUGAUUUGGCUCUAGGAAGGAUGAUAGAUUUCAUGAAGAAACACUUAGCUUAA